ACACCACGAAGUCACAAACUGAGCCAAUCCCUACCACAACCAUUCAUUCACCCAACUCACUCUCCUAACGACUUUCCUACCUACCUUUUUCGCACUACACACACAAACACCUAACACUAACACAUGACACUUCUCGUUUUCUUAGUGCCACGUAGCUCCUCCUCCUUCUUCAAUGGCCGCAUCUCUCACCUUCUCCAGACUCCUCGCCUCUCCCACCACCCCCCACUAUCUCUCCUCCACCGCCCUCUUCCCACCCAAAUCCCUCUCUUCUAAACUCCCCCUCUCCCCUUUUUCCCUCAAAUUCAACCACUCCAAACCCUUCAAACCCUGCACCUUUCACACUCCCUCCUACGCCACCAAAUCCACCACAAUCUCUGCCACUAUCGCCGUCGGCGACAAGCUCCCGGAAGCGACCUUCUCCUACUUAGACGACGCCGGCGAGGUUCAAACCACCACCAUCUCCGACCUGACGAAAGGCAAAAAGGCCAUCCUCUUCGCAGUCCCGGGAGCCUUCACACCAACCUGCUCGCAGAAGCACGUUCCAGGAUUCGUGGAGAAGUCAGCGGAACUGAAGGCGAAAGGCGUGGACACAAUCGCAUGUAUUUCGGUCAACGAUGCAUUCGUGAUGAAGGCAUGGAAGAAGGACCUGAAAGUCAACGACGAGGUUCUGUUACUUUCUGACGGUAACGGAACGUUCACGAAGGCCAUUGGGUGCGAGUUGGAUCUGAGCGAUAAGCCCGUUGGGCUUGGUGUUAGGUCAAGGAGGUACGCACUCUUAGCGGAAGACGGUGUCGUUAAGGUCUUCAAUUUGGAAGAAGCUUCUUUGAAAAACAACGGUGCCACCACCACCACCACCAAUGAUUCCGUUGAAACUAGCUCCCUUGAAGAUGAAUCUUCUCGCAAUUCGUCUUCUUCGGAUGAUUCCUUUGCUUUUCUUCGUCGAUUCGGAGAUAGGUGGCUUAAAUUCGAUGAACUGGGGAAGGAAAUACUGUCCAUUGCACUACCUGCAGCUUUGGCAUUGGCAGCUGAUCCACUUACCUCACUGAUCGACACAGCGUUUGUCGGCCACAUAGGGCCUGCUGAAUUGGCUGCAGUUGGGGUUUCAACUUUUGUGUUUAAUUUGGUGUCAAAAAUAUUUAACAUUCCUUUACUUAAUAUUACCACAUCCUUUGUUGCCGAGGAACAGGCACUGAUCAGCAAGGAUUCCAGUCAAACUGAUGAAAGUAGUAAGCUUUAUAAGAAAGCUACACCUCUUUAAUAGUCUGACUAGUUUUCCAGACAUGGCCAUAGGUUCCCUUAUUUAGAUGCCUCUACUGACGGUUUUGUUCCACGUUGGUAUCAUCUAGAUUUUGGUGGCAAAUACCAAAGCAAGAGGCGUAUUCCUUCAGUAUCAACUUCUUUAGCUGUUGCUGCUACUCUUGGAAUUGCUGAAACUGUGCUUCUUUCCCUUGGUUCUGGCAUCAUUAUGAACAUCAUGGGUAUACCUGCUGUAUGUCAACCUUGGCCGAUUAUUGAUCAAUAAUUACCUUGUAUAUUUAUUUUGUGUCGGCAUGUUAUUUUCUUC